CGCCAUUCAACAGCUGUAUAGUGUGUAACACGCGUGACAAGCCAUCAACGGGAAGCUGUGCUGUCUCCAUGCAAGUUUCAGGCCAAUCUCAUCAGACGAGACACAGCCGCCAGGAACUUGGAAAGCAAUAUAAAGACAGACGAUGGUACUGCGCCUCUCUAGCGGACGUUCCGGGAACACCCUUUGGUACUGGUUACUAUCUUCAUUUCAGUUUCUUCUACCACCCCUUUGCCCCACUUUCUAGCUCUUCGUCAUGAACACCUUCUUCUUCGGUCUCCUCCUUGCAUCGCUGUGCGGUCUUACGAAUGCACUCUACAUCCCUGUACCAGUCCGUCAUGAUGCUCAGGUCUCCUCCCGUGGAACUGGUGUCCACAACCCCGCCAUUCGCUUGGUCGGGGCGUUCCGUCAGCAGGAUGCAAACAACGACAGCGUUGUCAACUUCCAGGAUACGGUGUAUGCUACGAACAUGACGAUCGGUGGUCAAGAUCUCCUCAUCCAGUUGGACACCGGAUCUUCCGAUCUGUGGGUCAACCUCGAGGCCGGCGAAAUCGAGUUCACGAACACGACCGACCUCCCGGCUGAGGAAGCAUACGGCAUUGGGCACAUCACCGGCACGAUCCAGUUCGCAAAUGCCGAGUUGGGUGACAACAUCGUUCCCAACCAAGCGUUCAUGAACGUCUCGAACGCGACCUCCUUCAGCACGAUCUUCAAUGACGGCGUGCGCGGUAUCCUCGGUCUCGCCUUCGACGCGGGCUCGACCGUCCAGGGCACCAUUGCCCAGGUCUACGGGGAGGACUCGACCCUCGGCCGCUCCUUCUUGUCGAACCUAUUCAACCAGAACACGACCAAGCCGCUGUUCACCGUGCAGCUCGGCCGUACGGACGACCCGCAGUACACCGCCGAGGGUGCGUUCACCAUCGGCGAAUACCUCCCCGACUACGACGAGGUCCAGGACAUGCCGAAGCUCCACCGCUUCCCGAACAACGGCACGGGCGCGGCGCCCCGCUGGUCGACUGUCAUGAGCGGCAUGACGAUCAACGGCGAGCCCUUCCAGUUCAACGCGUCUGGCGUGCCCGAUACGCCCGAAGGCUCUGUUGUUGCGGUGCUCGAUACUGGUUUCACGUUCCCGCCCAUUCCCGGCCCCGCUGUGGAGGCGAUCUAUGGCGGGAUUGCGGGCGCGUACUACGACACGAACAGCAGCCUCUGGAUUGUGCCCUGCAACAAGGCGGCCAAUGUUGAAUUCCAGUUCGGCGAUAUGUCUGUGCCGAUCCACCCCUUGGAUCUCACGACGAUUGUCACGAUCAACAACACCGAGGUUUGCGUGAACACGUUCCGUCCGUCGACCUUCCCCGUGAACAACCAGUUCGAUCUCGUCCUGGGUGAUGCUUUCCUGAAGAACGUCUACGUCUCCUUCAACUACGGCGACAUGUCCGCAGACGCUGUACCGUUCAUGCAGAUCAUGCCCACCACCGACAUGGAUGCCGCAACGAAGGAGUUCGCCUCCGUCCGUGGGGCUAUGUACGCCGAGGCCGCAGCCUCCGCUGCCGCGUCCUCUGCGUCGGCGUCUGCCGCUUCCGCAUACGCUGCCCUCGAGUCUGGUAGCGCGUCCGUCCCGUGCAACGCUGGGGCGCCCACGACCACCCCGCUUUUCACCUCGGCGUGGUCGAGCUCGCCGUCGGCCGUCAUGACCGAUUCUGCGCCGGCCAACACGGACUCUCCGAGCCUGUAUGACCCUAGCUCUGGAGAGGGCUCUUCAGACGCGACUCCUUCAUCGAGCGCGGACGCUUCGUCUGCCACGGACGCGUCGUCGCCAGACUCUGCUUCUCCGGCCGCUACGACCGACGCUGCGACCGACGCGUCGUCGACGGAUUCUUCUUCGCCUACCACUACCUCGGAUGCGAGCUCGACGGAUGCUAGUGCAACCGCCACUGAUGCGUCUGCCGAUGCAACUGCUACCCCCACCGAUGCUUCUUCACCCACCGCCACCUCAGAUGCGUCGGAUGCAAGCUCGACGGACUCGAGUGCAUCCACCACCGAUGCGUCUACGGAUGCGACUGCGACCACAACCGACGCGUCUGCGGAUGCAACUGCAACGCCUACAGAUACUCCUGCAGAUGCGGCGACCACUACUGAUGCGUCGGCAACGUCCACUGACUCCUCUGCGGACGCGACCGCUACGCCCGACGACUCGUCGGACAACUCAUCUACUGGCUCGCUGCCCAUUGACCCUUCUGCGUCUGCGGAUGACGCUUCUUCCUCCUCGGACGAUGGUUCCGGUUCGCUCUCCGAGAAUCUGAGCCUCCUGGGGAGUCCCGAGAGUAAGCAGUCAUCCUUCGGCGGCAACCUGUAUGGGAGCAACGACUACGAGUACUCGCGACGGUUCCGCCGCUCGUAUCGCGAGCCCACCAAGACCGUGCACGAGUGCCUCGCGCCCCUGAUCGAGGAUUACGGUGCAUUCUUGUUCGCGCUCAUCGCGGGCACGUUCAUCAUCUCGUUCGCCCUCUGCGUUGUCACCGUCUUCCUCGCGAUCCGCAACCACACGCGCCGCGACGCCCGCAAGCGCGCUGCGUACCUCGUACUUGAGGCCAACGCAGAGGCAGAGGCAGACCCGGAGGCCGCUGCAUACACUGCGACGUAUCACUACACUGACGACUACUAAACGACCGACCAAACGACCGACUAUUUCAUGACAUGACUCUUACAUGAGGGCACUGGGUGUUCUGACGAAGCUCCUUACACAUUUAACUUAUUGUUAUCUUUUGUUACAACCCUUCCCUGUCAUUACGUACCUUCUCCUUCGCAAUGGAACGCUCCCCGGAAUUGUUUGUGUGCUGAGAC